AGUCGGUUCUCUCCAACUUGUUCUUUCAGUCCCUCUAUUUGUGUUCUUUGCAAACUCAGCAACCUGAAAUUUAUAUUUUUCGUUAGGUUUAAUUUAAUUGAUUGCUUUGAAAACAAAAAAAUUUCAGAAUCAAUUUUAGGGAUUUGAUAAUUCUGCAGAAAUUCAUGUUCGGAACAUCAAUAAGAUGAUUCUUUCACAUAUCAAUCGUUCUCGCUCGACGAUCAAUAAAGCGUUAAUUUCUGGUGGUCAUGGUGUGAGGUGGGCGAUUUUGGAUGAAGUAGCAUCAAGUAAUGCGUGCAUUACACGCGUUAAUGGUGGAUUAGGUUUUGUGAGAAGUUAUUUGACAUCCAUUGGAGCUGGAAAGCAGGGUGUCAAUAAGGCGUCUUUGCGAAGGGCGUAUUUGUCUGAAAUUGAUUCACUUUGUGCAAACCCGAGACUCAGGAGGUUUUUUUGUAGCCAAGGGUCAAAGAAAAGUAACUAUGAGAACUAUUAUCCGAAGAAUAAGAAAGAAGUACCGAAAGGGAACAAUCAAAAGGCAGAAUCGGGCAAAGAGGAAAGUACAGGUGAGCAAGGAAACCCUCAGGAGAACUUCAUGAAGCAAUAUCAAAAUAUUCUCACACCCUUGUUAUUUAUUGGGUUUAUUCUGUCAUCGACACUUUUUGCUCCUAGUGAACAGAAGGAGAUUAGUUUCCAAGAAUUCAAAAACAAGCUACUUGAACCUGGUCUUGUUGAUCGAAUUGUUGUUACUAACAAAUCUGUGGCCAAAGUUUAUGUGAGGAGUUCUGCACCUGGUAUUAGUCAAACAGGUGAUGACACUGUUCAAGGUCCUACGAGUGGUACGGAUGGUAAAAGAAACACGGGCUACUACAAAUACUAUUUUAACAUUGGGAGUGUUGAGUCAUUUGAAGAGAAGCUUGAGGAAGCACAAGAAACCUUGGGAAUAGACCCUCACAGUUAUGUUCCUGUGUUAUAUGUUGAUGAAAUGAAUUGGUUCCAAGAACUGAUGAGGUUUGGUCCAACAGUAUUGAUUCUAGCUGUCCUUUAUUUUAUGGGACGAAGAGUGCAGGGUGGCAUAGGAGUGGGAGGCCCUGGUGGGAAAGGUGGUCGUGGAAUAUUUAAUAUUGGCAAAGCGAAUUUCACCAAGACGGAUAAAAAUGCAAAGAAUAAGGUUUUCUUCAAGGAUGUGGCUGGAUGUGAUGAGGCUAAGCAAGAAAUUAUGGAAUUCGUCCACUUUCUUAAGAACCCCAAAAAAUACGAGCAGUUGGGAGCCAAAAUUCCUAAGGGUGCUCUGCUAGUGGGUCCUCCUGGGACUGGAAAGACACUUCUAGCUAAAGCUACAGCAGGGGAAUCUGGUGUACCUUUUCUCUCAAUUUCUGGGUCAGAAUUUAUGGAGAUGUUUGUUGGUGUUGGGCCAGCUAGAGUUAGGAGCUUAUUUCAGGAGGCAAGACAAUCUGCACCUAGUAUAGUUUUCAUUGAUGAGAUUGAUGCUAUUGGUCGAGCAAGAGGGCGGGGAGGCUUUAGUGGAGGAAAUGAUGAACGUGAAAGUACUUUAAAUCAACUGCUUGUAGAAAUGGAUGGAUUUGCAACCACAUCUGGUGUAGUUGUACUUGCUGGCACGAAUAGACCUGAUAUAUUAGAUAAAGCCUUGUUAAGGCCUGGUCGAUUUGAUCGCCAGAUUACCAUUGAUAAACCAGACAUCAAAGGCCGUGAACAAAUUUUCAGAAUCUAUCUGAACAAGUUGAAACUUGACCACGAGGCGUCAUUCUAUUCACAGAGACUUGCUGCUCUAACACCAGGAUUUGCUGGAGCCGACAUUGCAAAUGUUUGUAAUGAAGCUGCUCUAAUAGCUGCUAGAAAUGAGAGUACAAUAAUUACCAUGCAACAUUUUGAGUCAGCGAUAGAUAGGGUGAUUGGUGGUUUAGAGAAGAAGAAUAAGGUCAUAAGUAAGCUGGAAAGGCGGACAGUAGCCUAUCACGAAGCUGGGCAUGCUGUUACUGGUUGGUUCUUGGAACAUGCAGAGCCAUUGCUUAAAGUGACAAUUGUUCCCCGUGGUACAGCAGCCCUUGGAUUUGCUCAGUAUGUUCCUAGUGAGAACCUUUUAAUGACAAAAGAACAACUAUUUGAUAUGACAUGCAUGACUCUUGGUGGCCGAGCUGCUGAGCAGGUUUUGAUUGGGAGGAUCUCAACUGGAGCUCAAAAUGAUUUAGAGAAAGUCACCAAGAUGACUUAUGCCCAGGUAGCAGUAUAUGGUUUCAGUGACAAGGUUGGUCUCCUUUCGUUUCCACAAAGAGAAGAUUCAUUUGAGACAAAGCCUUACAGUAGCAAGACAGCAGCUAUUAUCGACACUGAAGUUAGAGAGUGGGUAGCCAAGGCAUAUGACCGUACUGUACAACUUGUAGAGGAACACAGAGACCAUGUGGCUCAGAUUGCAGAGAUGCUACUUGAAAAGGAAGUCCUCCACCAAGAAGAUCUGGUCCGGGUAUUGGGUGAACGCCCAUUCAUGAGUAGUGAGCCCACAAACUAUGACAGGUUCAAGCAAGGAUUCGAAGAAGAGAACAAAGAUAGCACUGAGGAAAAAACCACACAAGAUGAUGGAUCAUCAUCGCCUGUUGAACCGGAGAUUGUACCAGUAUAGUCGUGGGGUUGUGGUUUGUAACAGAAAGCAGAAUAGCGAAUGUCUUGUAUUAUCGUUCAAUUUUAGAUUAUUGUAAAAAUCAUUAGUCAUGAUAUUAAUAACACAAACAUGGUUUUUACAAGUUUUUUUUACCCCCAAGAGACAUUCGAAUUUUAACUGAAGUUACUGUCAGCAGUGUAAUUAAUACUUUUGGGACGUGAAAGGUACUUUUGAUCAAAAAGUCUUGGCUCAUAAA